AUGCAGUCGCCUUGGCAGCUCGUUUCCCUAGUGAGUCUGUACACCCUCUUUGUGUUUAAGUUAGGCCCGAGGUUAAUGAAAAACAGAGAACCAUUCGGGUUGAAAACCGUCAUAGUAAUUUACAACCUGGCACAAAUAAUUUUAAACGGAAUCGGCUUCGCAAUAGCUAUAAAGCUGUUUCCACUAUUUAAUUUUUGCUGUAGUCCGGUAAACGCUUCAGACAGUCCCGAAGAUUUGUCAAUUCAGCGGGCACACUUUUUCUAUUUAAUACUAAAAUUUUUGGACUUGUUGGAUACGGUAUUUUUCGUUUUGCGCAAAAAGCAAAGCCACGUCUCGUUUCUACACAUACAUCAUCACAUAGGAAUGGUCGUAACAGGGUGGGCUAGUGUUAAAUAUUUCCCAGGUGGUGUUAUUUACUACGUUUUUCUCUGGAACACGUUUAUUCAUUUUGUGAUGUACACGUAUUACUUGUUGACGUCGCUGGACAGCUGCAGAACUAUUUGGUGGAAGAAGUACUUAACACUAUUGCAAAUGAUCCAACAUUCGUUCUUUAUUUGUACAUUUAUUGUUCAUUUGUUUAACUUCAGUUGCUCGUAUCCUAAAUCGUUGCUGCUGUAUUACACGGGCAAUACAGCUUUAAACUGGGAUCAUCUAGAGGAACUCGAGGUGGAGGAGGUGAACGGUGAUGAAAUCCCUAGAAAAUGUGAUUAG